AUGGAGGAACUCGCUCGCUUCGUCCGCGCCUCCUUCGCGGGUGGAGGACGGAGACCUCGGUCCAGCGGGGCCCGGCACGGAGGCGGGGAGACCCAGGCGGAGGCCCCAAGCGGGGACUCGAACCCAUGGGGAGGAGGGGGGUCGGCGCUGCGCCGGUCGCGCCGCUGCCGGACGAGCUUCUCGGCGGAGCAGCUGCAGCAGCUGGAGCGCGCCUUCGAGGAGUCCCACUACCCCGACGGAGGCGCGCGCCUCGCGCUCAGCGCGCGCCUCCACCUGCCCGAGACGCGCGUCCAGGUUUGGUUCCAGAACAGGCGCGCGAAGAGCAGGAAACAGGAGAUGCAGGCGCGGAGAGGCGUGAUGUUGAGGCCGGGUCUGGAUGGGCACCGGGUGGCCCCGUACAUCCACAUGGGAGUCACGAGGCUGCAUCAUAAACAGGUGCCCGCUCACCUGUGCUGCGACCACGUGACCCGGCGGCGGCCCCAAAGUCCCGGCACGGAGCUCGGCGCGGGAGCCGGAGUCGAACCGGCGACGUUUCCGUCCUGGGGCCUCCCGCCGGUGCCGUUCGCGCUCGCCCUGCCCCUGGGACUCGAGGCCGCGUCCGACGGAGCCCAGGUAUCCUCCGUCUCGAAACAUUCGAGCCUCGCGGACCUGCGGAUGAAGGCGCGGCGCCACGCGGCUUCACUGGGGCUGUAAGGGACCGUGCUAAGCCAGCUCAGGUCGGCUUUUUUUGUCCACUGCGAAAGCCGUGCCGUGCCGUGCCGCUGACGUUUCACGCGACGAACAAAUCGGCACGACGCUGUCCUCGCUGUGUGCCGAGGGGAAAAAAUUAACCGAGGCAGUCUUCUUCUAUUCGCAUGGCGGCUGAUGCAGAUGCAGAAGCAACAACUACAAUCUCACAUCAAGCCAGACAAGCGCUGCAGGAGCAGCAGGGUGGCGUCGCUGCGAUGUGCUCCUUCGUUCUACAUUUGAAGCUUUCGCGACUGCAAGGAUUCAUACUCUUUGGGGGGUUUUCGGUAAAGUCACGUAGGUAAAAAAACAAAUGAAAACAACUCAAUGAAAUCGC